AUGUACUCUCUUCCGUCUCCAGCUUUGCUGCAACGGACGCGUGCAUACGGGACGAGGUUUUUCCACCGCUUUGGAAUCCAUUGCGCGACGCAUCAAAUACGGCUUAUCCUUGUGUCUUCCAUCGUCAUUACCUCCCUGCUCUUCCCCGCCAUUGCCGUCUACACUUCUCCGGAAACCCAUUUCUUCGCCGGCUUCACCUUGCGCGUGCUUGACUCCUUCCUGACACCGGACGAUAUCUCCAGCUACUUCGCGCAACACGAUCUCCGACAUAUAUGGGAAGGACACAACACGCUCAGACUGCACGAUGACUCCGUCGCCCGCGCGCAGUGCGGCAUGCAAAGUAUUCUGCGCUCUGAGCGGCUCUUGAUUGGCAGUGUAUCGCAAGAGUAUGGUCUGGAUGCAUUGGACCGCGACACACUGCUGUCAGCUCUGGCACUCGAACACAGGAUUUCAACCAUCUUAUCUCAACAUCAUAUCCCUUGCUUGAAGUCGUCAACUGGCUCCUGCUUUUCCCUGAGCCCUCUAGCCUUUUGGAACCAUGACGAGGCUGUGCUAUCGGCGGAUGCUAGUAUUCUCGAGACCAUCAACCUAUCACACAACACAACUACUUCUGGCAUCCCUAUGACCCCCGAGAUGGUCUUCGCCGGCCGAGAGCAUGACCCAAGCUUGUCCAGUGUGGAUAGCGCCAUGUUCUUAGCACUCACCUACUUCUUUCCGGACCGCGACUGUCUUGGCAACAACGGUCAUGUCCAAUGGCUACGGGUACUCAGGGAAGCAGGUGGACCCAUGGGAGACCUUGUCGUUCAGGCUCAGCCGCCCAGACUCGUUGCAUUGGAGUACGACAGAAGUCCUACGACGAAGACUCGUUUCACCAUCCUCUCGGCGUUCUGCUAUGGCGCGUACCUGGUCUUCGUAGUGUAUUGUGUGCAGUCCAUGAGGAACAUGAAGACGGUGCAUUCCCGGUUCGGUCUCGCAGUCACCGGCCUUGUGGAGCUGAUUGUCAGGUUCAGGAUGACUAUGGUUCCAUGGGAGCUAUUUCCAAUUAUUGUGAUGUUCAUCGGAGUCGAGAACAUGUUUCACAUCGUUGAUGCGGUCUUAAGAACCUCAGUAACGAUCCCGGUCAAAGAACGCAUAGCCCAGGGAUUGAGUCAAGCGGGCACGUCCAACACGCUCAAAGUCGUGUCUUACAAUGCGGUGCUGGGAGUCAUCGCGUUCUUCUCCAGUGGUGCGAUUCGCCAGUUCUGCGCAUUUUCGAUUGUGGUGCUAGUCGCGCACUGGUUCCUCGUGCACACCUUCUUCGUCACGGUGUUAUCAAUCGAUAUACAGCGACUCGAGUUGGACGAGCUCCUCCGACAGGAUACUAAUCUCAACCCGACGGAUAAGGGAAAACUGGCAUCACCUACCUUGCCCCCGCCCAAGACCUGGAGAGAAGCAUGGCUCGCUGCGAAAAACACAAUACGUGGACGUCCCGGUAAGAACAUCAGUCUUUUCUUGCUUUUGGCCAUCGCAGCUACCCUCUACUUUGCAACGACACCAUCGUCCACACAGGCUAAGAGCUCUGCUGCUCUUGCGCGAAAUCCUGUGCGCCAAGUUCCGAAGAUGACGGCUACCGACCGAAUCUCUCCUGCAUACCGCAUCUGGCAAACCCUGAAUCCCAUUGACGACACCAUGGUACACAUUCGUAUAGAGUCACCCGCCAUCCUAGUUCUUGCACCAGAAGAGGACAAGCCGGCGUCCGAUGUCCGCACUCUAGCAGAUGGUGAGAAGUUGUCCCGCCCUCGCGUGAACAGGCUAUCACGUUGGUGGAUGCGUACGGUCCGGGACGUGUGGUGGCUCUUCAAGAUCAUGGUCGUGCCGAUCACGGCUACGACGGUCCUGCUCUAUGCUCUCCUCCUGUAUCUCCUCAAGAACGCGGAGUUGCUGGAGGCGCAGCGCCAGCGACCUGAACCAGACAACUCGAGCUCAGAAGAGUCGUCCGUGGAAGGGGAGAUCUCGUUCGCCACGCUUCCACGGGCUUUCCCGACGGACGUGGACAUGCUGGCAACCAGCAAGAACGGCAAGGUCGUCGUUAUGCUCGGGCUGCAGAACGAAGUCGUCGUAUGGAGAAGCAUGUCGCGCACGAACAUCACGGUCGACACCUCUCCUGUUGCCCUUGGGGGUGCAAGUGGGCCUUCGCAGGGCACGACCCUCACAGCCGUCGCAGUUAAUGAGGCCGGUACGCUCUGUGCUGUGGGUUCGGCAUCCGGCGUCAUUGGUGUCUGGUCGAUAGAGAGGGACCACGCCAAGUAUAUCACACAGCUCUCCCUCGACCCCACGUCCACUGCAGCUGUCGCACACCUCCACUUCGGCUACUUCCAAUCUCGCCCACCGUCGCCCGCGCGUCCACUCACACCUACGCCUCCCGUGGAUGUAGCGACGACCCCUCGUGCCCGCUACGUCGCGCCUACGCGCUCUGCUACCGUCAUCAAGUCUACGUUGGUACCUGUCCAUGGCGAUGAACGCCUCCUUGUCGGCUUUGCAUUCGACGACGGGUCCUUCGAGCUGUGUGACCUCGACCGCAAUGAUCAACUCGUAGCCCGCGAGUGUUGGAUCGCCGCUGGUAACCCCCAGGACUUCGUCAAUAAAGUCGACGUUUGCGCUCUUGAGCUUGAUGGUCAGCGUCACAUCAUCAUCAUCGCCGCUACACAAGCAGGCGUCGUGUCGCUCUGGGAUGCUGGGUCGCGGGAUUGUCUGUUCAUCAUGGAGGAACCCUUUGGUGACGUCAACCAGCUGCGGGUCACUCCUGUCACCCCGACGAACUGUUCAACGUGUGGGGAACUACCAUGCGAGAACUUCCUGAUCACGUUCUCCGUUGGUCUAGUCGUGCUUUUCUACCGGGCUUACUUGUACCUGCCAACGAGACGAUGCUCGUGUCCCCGCAAUCAACCACAACCUGCCCUGCGAACGAGCAUGCUUGGGCAUCGUUCGCGGAGCGGAAGUGCCACAUCACUGGCGUCGUCCACGGGGACGACCACACCCGUGGCUUCACGCUCACGCGUGCCGUCCGUAUCGUCGUCCAGCUCCGCCCUGAGCGCCUCCAUGUUCCCUGUCUCCGCACACGGCGUCCAUUCACGCAGGGCGUCGGAGAAGGAGGGCUCGCGUCGGACGCACGACUCGUUUUUGUCCAUUCCGACUGCGACGAGUCUGACCCGCAUCCUCCGGCUUCCUCUCUUCCCAUCCCCCACAUCUGUAUGGCAGAGUCUUAUCGUGGUGCGCGUCGCAGAUACCAUGUUUGAGCGGGGGAGCUGGGACGUCGCUGGGGACAAGGUCGUCGGCGUACGCCGCAAGCCACGGUCCAGCCUGCUCGCGCGGCGCAUGGACGCGAAAGCUACCCUCAAGGAUGAACCGCUGCAGGGUCUGAGCAGCUCUACGCUCGAGCGAUGGGAGCUCUGGACGUACGACCCUGAGGAGUCGCGCCUGCACGUAUCCCCGUUGAACGCACUGCGUCGUGGUCCCGAGGAGCGACUGAUGGACAGGCGCCGUUCGGGCAGUUCGCAUGCUGGGUUGAACCAGGACCCUCCUGUGUCGCCGAAGCGUGUAUUCGUCCCGCGAUUGCACUUCACUCGCGUUACGCCGUUCAUAGCGACCUCGACAUGUUGCCUCGCUGGCUUUGGUAACACCGUCGGUUUGUUCAACGUCAACUCGCGACCGAACGCCAGGAGACGGAGGCGGUCUUCCGGCGAGGAUAUCCAGAGCACCCCUUCUUGA